CAUGCUACCCCCAAUUACCUAGUUCUGCUAAAUUAUUCAUUAUCCAAGCACUUAAAAAAUCAAUGGUUUAAUCCUCAGCCCAAUCAUGUACACAUGCUCUUAUAUACAACUUUCCUAGGAGUUUCCCUCCAUUUCUCUAUUGCUUCAAACAAGGCAAUGAGAUCACAGAACUAGCACUGCAGUCACCAGGCUAGGAGUGGAGAAGGGCAAGAGGACUAGAAGGAGAACCUCCUAGUAUGGCAGGUGCUAAUGCUACUCCGAGGCUGAGUAGCAAUGCACGGUUCAUCUUCUCCUUGUCCUUCUCCUUGUCGCUCCUGUGCUGCGUGGCAGUGUCCAAUGCCGCCGCCGCCGACGAAGCCGCGGCGCUGCUGGCAAUCAAGGCCGCGCUCGUCGAUCCUCUGGGGGCGCUCGAGGGGUGGGGCGGCUCGCCGCAUUGUACCUGGAAGGGCGUGCGCUGCGACGCUCUGGGCGCGGUCACCGGCAUCAACCUCGGCGGCAUGAACCUGAGCGGCACCAUCCCGGACGACGUCCUCGGCCUCACGGGGCUCACCUCCAUCAGCCUGCGCAGCAACGCGUUCGCCCACGAGCUUCCCCUGGCGCUCGUCUCCAUCCCCACGCUCCAGGAGCUCGACGUGAGCGACAACAGCUUCACCGGCCGCUUCCCCGCGGGCCUCGGCGCGUGCGCAUCGUUGGCGUACCUCAACGCGUCGGGCAACAACUUCGUCGGCCCGCUCCCUGCCGACAUCGGCAACGCCACCGAGCUCGACACGCUCGACUUCAGAGGCGGCUUCUUCUCCGGCGCCAUCCCGAAAAGCUACGGCAUGCUCCAGAAGCUCAAGUUCUUGGGCCUCUCUGGCAACAACCUCAAUGGCGUUCUCCCGACCGAGCUGUUCGAGCUGUCGGCGUUGGAGCAGAUGAUCAUCGGCUACAACGAGUUCCACGGCCCGAUCCCGGCAGCCAUCGGCAAGCUCAAGAAGCUCCAGUACCUCGACAUGGCGAUCGGCAGUCUCGAAGGCCCCAUCCCGCCGGAGCUCGGUCAGCUGCCGGACCUCGACACCGUGUUCCUCUACAAGAACAUGAUCGGCGGCAAGAUACCCAAGGAGUUCGGCAACCUGUCGUCCCUCGUCAUGCUCGACCUCUCCGACAACGCUCUCACCGGUUCAAUCCCUCCAGAGCUGUCAAAACUCAGCAACCUGGAGCUGCUCAACCUCAUGUGCAACAGGCUCAAGGGCGGCGUCCCGGCGGGGCUCGGGGAGCUGCCCAAGCUGGAGGUGCUGGAGCUCUGGAACAACUCGCUCACCGGCCCGCUGCCGCCAUCGCUCGGCUCCAAGCAGCCCCUUCAAUGGCUCGACGUGUCAACCAACGCGCUCUCCGGACCCGUCCCCGUGGGUCUCUGCGACAGCGGCAACCUCACGAAGCUGAUCUUGUUCAACAACGUCUUCACGGGCGCGAUCCCGGCCGGGCUGACAUCGUGCGAGUCGCUGGUGCGCGUGCGCGCGCACAACAACCGGCUCAACGGCACGGUCCCUGCCGGGCUCGGGAAGCUGCCGCGGCUGCAGCGGCUGGAGCUGGCCGGGAACGAGCUCUCGGGCGAGAUCCCGGACGACCUGGCGCUGUCCACGUCGCUCUCCUUCAUCGACCUCUCGCACAACCGGCUCCGGUCGGCGCUGCCGUCGGGCGUCCUGUCGAUCCCGACGCUGCAGACGUUCGCGGCCGCGGAUAACGACUUGGUGGGAGCAAUGCCGGGGGAGCUCGGCGAGUGCCGGUCGCUCUCGGCAUUGGACCUGUCGAGCAACCGGCUGUCCGGCGCGAUCCCGCAGGGGCUCGCGUCGUGCCAGAGGCUCGUGUCGCUCAGCCUCCGGGGGAACGGGUUCACGGGCCAGAUCCCCACGGCCAUCGCCAUGAUGCCGACGCUGUCCGUGCUCGACCUCUCCAACAACUUCCUUUCCGGCCAGAUUCCCAGCAACUUCGGCAGCUCCCCCGCGCUCGAGAUGCUCAGCGUCGCCAACAACAAUCUCACCGGUCCCGUCCCAGCAACCGGGCUGCUGAGGACGAUCAACCCCGAUGAUCUCGCGGGGAACCCGGGUCUCUGCGGCGCCGUCCUGCCGCCGUGCGGCCCGAACGCUCUGCGGGCCUCGUCCUCGGAAUCCUCCGGCCUCCGGCGCUCGCACGUCAAGCACAUCGCAGCCGGGUGGGCAAUCGGCAUCUCGAUCGCGCUCGUGGCAUGCGGGGCCGUGUUCGUGGGCAAGCUGGUGUACCAGCGGUGGUACCUGACCGGUUGCUGCGAGGACGGCGCCGAGGAAGACGGCACCGCCGGGUCAUGGCCAUGGCGGCUCACGGCGUUCCAGAGACUAAGCUUCACGAGCGCCGAGGUGGUGGCCUGCAUCAAGGAGGACAACAUCAUCGGCAUGGGCGGCUCCGGCGUGGUCUACCGCGCCGACAUGCCACGGCACCACGCCACUGUCGCGGUCAAGAAGCUCUGGCGCGCGGCCGGGUGCCCCGAGGAGGCCAACACCACGGCCACGGCCACGGCGUCCGCGGCAGCAGCGAAGAACAACGGAGGCGAGUUCGCGGCGGAGGUGAAGCUGCUGGGCCGGCUGCGGCACCGGAACGUGUUGCGCAUGCUGGGCUACGUGAGCAACGACGCGGACACCAUGGUGCUCUACGAGUACAUGUCCGGCGGCAGCCUCUGGGAGGCGCUGCACGGGCGCGGCAAGGGGAAGCAUCUCCUGGACUGGGUCUCCCGCUACAACGUGGCGUCCGGCGUCGCGGCCGGACUGGCAUACCUCCACCACGACUGCCGGCCGCCGGUGAUCCACCGGGACGUCAAGUCCAGCAACGUGCUGCUGGACGCCAACAUGGAGGAGGCCAAGAUCGCGGACUUCGGCCUGGCCCGCGUGAUGGCCCGGCCCAACGAGACGGUCUCCGUGGUGGCCGGUUCCUACGGGUACAUCGCGCCGGAGUACGGGUACACGCUCAAGGUGGACCAGAAGAGCGACAUCUACAGCUUCGGGGUGGUGCUCAUGGAGCUGCUCACGGGCCGGCGGCCCAUCGAGGCGGAGUACGGCGAGACCGGCGUCGACAUCGUGGGCUGGAUCAGGGAGCGGCUGAGGAGCAACACCGGCGUCGAGGAGCUGCUGGACGCCGGCGUCGGCGGGCGGGUGGACCAUGUCAGGGAGGAGAUGCUGCUGGUGCUGCGGGUCGCCGUGCUCUGCACGGCCCGGUUGCCCAAAGACCGGCCCACCAUGAGGGACGUGGUCACCAUGCUCGGGGAAGCCAAGCCACGGCGGAAGAGCAGCAGCGCCACCGUGGCAGCCACCGUCGUCGACAAGGACAAGCCGGUGUUCACCACGUCGCCGGACUCCGGUUACCUGUAGCAAGCGCGCCGCGCGCGUGCCUGUGUGUUUUGUCGCCGGAGGCGGCUCUGACGUUACGUGGCGUGGAUUGGGCGCCUUGAUUACUAGAGAACAUACGCGUGUAUGUUGUGUACGUAGCUCAGGUAUUGCAUAGUUUUGAUUUGGGUUACAUUUUUUUACUUGCCGCGCGGAGGAUCGGCGAACCAAUGUACACAAUGUUUAUACUUCUACAAUUUCUCUUACAAUUUUUAGGGUGUAAAGGAAUUGGUCCCUUGAAAAUUCAAAUAACAGCUCUCUUUUUUUUGAAUCAACAA